AUGGAUUUAAGUGAAAAAUUGUAAGAAGAAGAAAGAUUAAAAAGUUGGGAUUUUAUUGUAAGAUGUGAUGGAAAGCCUAAAAUUUAUGUCAAAAAAGAUAUUAAUGCAAUGGACUAUUAUAAAAAAAAUGAAUGUUAUGAAGAUAUUAAACAAUUAUUUUAUCCUAAUUAGGACAAUUAAGAACCUAUUAAUUAUCAUACAAUAGCACCUAUAAAAGUUUAUUAUAAAAUAUAGCCUGAAAUUAUUUUGCAAGAAUAAAUAAUUAUUGCAGGAUGGGAUAAUAAAGAUUGUGUUGAUUUAGCUUUGAAUGAUAUUUCUAGAGGAGUUAGUUCUUUCCAUAUUAAAUCAAGUAAAUGGAAUAAAUAAAUAGGAGUUAAUCAAUUAGUAGUUUAAGUCCGUGAAAAUCCUGAAUAUGAUGAAAACUUUAUCGAAAAUACGGCUAAAGAUUGGAAAAUAGUAAGUUGGUAUUCAAACAUGUGUGGAUUUUAUAAUUUUAAUGAAAGUGAUAAAAAUAUAAAAUUAGAGAUUGUUAAAAAUACUGAAUUUCAUUCUAAUUUUUAUGCUGCUUGUAAAGAUUAGAAAAAUAUAAAUUUGAAUUAAAUGGAAGAUUUAGAAUUAAUUGAAUUUUGGGAAUCAAUUAAAGAUUUUUGUUAAUAAACUUAAUUAUUUUCUUUUACAGAAUGA